AAAAUGUGCAUAAUCUGGUUACAUUUUACUUUGAAAAAACAAACAGGAUGCAGACAAAUGUUCAACUUUAACUGACAUUAUACUAAGCGUCGUUGACAAAGUAUAGGGCAGAGAAGGUGUAGACAGUCAUGGAGUUACAGGUUGUGAACAGUCCAGAGGAAAUCGCCAGACUCUACAGAGAACUGAGUCUGUUUCCUUCUCUGAGCAGAGCAGACGUGGGUCCAGUCAUCACCUCUCAGUAUGGAGGAAAAUACUGCAACAUCUACACAGAAUGGAACCAACGUGAUUUGGAGAGGAACGAAAAUGUUAAGUUUUGCCGACAGUACAUUGUUUUCCACGAUGAUACAUCUGUGGUCUACUCUGGAGCUUCAGGAAACUGCACCGAGAUUAAAGGAGAAAUUCUUAGUAAAGAUUCCCCUUCAGGGGAAAUGAAGGCUGUCGUGAGAGACUGGAAAAAACAGGAUAAAGAAAACCAGUUUCUGGAGAUUUGGAGUAAAAACAUCAAGGUUAAGAGCGUUGACCUGACAGCACUGAAGAAGCACGGCAAAGUUUACGAUGACGAUCAGUUUGGCUGCUUGGUUUGGUCUCACUCUGAGACUCACCUCUUGUAUGUGGCUGAGAGGAAGAGACCAAUGGCAGAAUCCUUCUUUCAGACUGUUUCACCAGAGCUGUCUUCUGCUGCAGACGAUGAGGACACUAUGAGACUGGAGAAGAAAGAGACUGUAAAAGGGGAGCAGUUUGCUUACCGUGAGGACUGGGGAGAAGGAAUGGAUGGUAAAAACUCUCCAGUGCUUUGUGUCCUGGACAUUGAAGGAGACAACGUCUCAGUGCUGGAAGGUGUACCUGAAGAUAUCUCGCCCGGACAGGCAUUCUGGGCUCCUGGUGACACAGGUGUGGUGUUUGUAGGAUGGUGGCACGAACCGUUUAGACUUGGCCUUAGGCACUGUCCCAACAGAAGGUCGUCUUUAUUCUAUGUGGAUCUCACUAGAGGGAAAUGUGAGCAGUUGUCAUCCGGCACCAGUGCAGUCUUUUCACCCAGACUGAGUCCUGACCAGUGUCGGAUCGUCUACUUAGAAUGUUCUGUCUACGGCCCACACUUGCAGUGCUCUAAGCUCUGUAUGUAUGACUGGUACACAAAGAAAACCUCCAUCGUAGUGGAUGUGGUACAGACACCAGGAGAAGAUGGUUUCACUGGUGUCUACGGCGUGCUGUUGUCUCCUAAGUGUUGGUCAGCGGAUAGUCAGCGGGUUAUUUUAGCCUGUCCUCAGCGCAGCCGCAGGGAUCUGCUGAUGGUGGACAUGAGCACAGGAACAGUCUCGUCUCUUACUUCAAAGGGUGAUGUUGGGAGUUGGGGCCCGCUGAACAUAGAGAGAGAUCUGAUGGUUGUCAGCUACUCUUCCCCAAAUCAUCCCCCAACUCUGAGGGUUGGUUUCCUUCCAGCCAGAGAUUCUGAAGAGGAAGUCACCUGGGUGACUUUGGAAGACUCUCAGCCCUUACCAGAGAUCAGCUGGGAGAUUUUAACUUUCACGCCUCCUCCAGAGCAAGAAAACAAAGAUUAUCCUGGCAUUGAUUUCGAAGGAUUGUUGAUCAAACCAAAGGAGGUGCAGGAAGGAGUGAAGCUGCCUCUUAUUGUCUCUCCUCAUGGUGGUCCUCACGUUUGGCAAACGGCUGAGUGGGUCCUCUCUUCAGCUGUUCUCUGCAGGAUGGGCUUUGCUAUAUUACAGGUGAACUACCGAGGCUCUCUGGGAUACGGUCAGGCCAGUGUCCUCUCUUUACCUGGUAAUGUUGGUAACCAAGAUGUGAAAGAUGUACAUUUUGCUGUUGAAAGUGUUCUAAAAGGCAGUAAGAUUGAUGCUGAGAAAGUGGCUGUCUCUGGAAGUUCCCAUGGUGGUUUCCUGGCCUGUCACCUAAUUGGUCAGUACCCAGGAUUCUACAAAGCCUGUGUGACCCGUAACCCCGUCAUCAAUAUAGCGUCCAUGGCUGGCAGCACAGACAUCCCAGACUGGUGCAUGUUUGAGACAGGUUUUGACUACAGCACCGACUCUUUACCAGACCCUAAGGUCUGGACACAGAUGCUGGAGAAGUCUCCGAUUAAAUAUGUUGCACAGGUCCAGACCCCAGUUCUGCUCCUCUUAGGAGCAGAUGACAAACGUGUGCCAAACAAACAGGGAAUUGAAUUUUACAGAGCUCUGAAAACCAGGCAGCUUCCUGUGCGGUUGCUGUGGUACCCAGGAAACAACCACUCUAUUUCCAACGUGGAUGCAGAGUCGGAUGGCUUUGUGAACGCUGCUCUAUGGAUCAUCCAGCACUUGGCGAAGUGAUCACGGCCAGGUGUCAGGGUCCAGCCCAAAGCCAAAGAAGCCUCCAAACACUGAAAUCACGUCAGUACUGGGGGCUGUCACCUUUCAUUCAAAAUUCACAAAAUGAUUUCUGAAGGUUAGACUCAUGAUUUUAAAGCACACUGGAGAUCAAACUAGACUGUCUCAAACAGUUGAUUAGUCUUAGCCCAACACUAACUUUAGGUAGCAAUGACGACAAACAUUAUAAGGAAACACUUAAAGUUCUUUCAGGUGUAAAUAAGUCCACUGGAUUCCAAGUACAGUUAUUAAAAUUUGCAUCAUCAUAUACUCUUCAAAGCUCUGUCCUGUCCUCCAUACUGUUGUUACCUGAUACCUUGGAAAAGUGACAGCCACAGUAACUGUACUUCAUUUAAUUAAUUAAAGUUCUUGGACAAUAUUUAUCCGGAACAUCCUUGACGUCUAUCACUUUUCCUCGCUCUGAGAUUUCUAACACAGAAAUGUAUUCAUAAAGACAUAAAGUAGCCUUCCUUUGUAACCAUUUUAGUUUGUAAUUUUUGCAUUAGCUGUUUUGGGUUUUAGCAGUCGUUGAUCAGUUGGGACCCAGUAGUGGUUUCAAAUACAACGCUGUGGUUUGGGUGUUUUUGGUGACACAGCUCUUGUAAUACUGGUUAUGGGAACCACAUUAAAGCAUUUGUAGUUCUCUA